UAUGAGCCUCAUCAAACAGUGCCUCGAUCUCGCGCAGAAUCCCAAACAUACGCGAUGGAUAGCGCCGCUGCUGUUGAUUGCAGAUACUCUACUCUCUGGCCUCGUCAUUUGGAAAAUACCAUAUACGGAGAUUGACUGGAAAACGUACAUGGAGCAUAUUGAGAUUUAUAUGAAAGGAGAAAUCGAUUACAGGAAGAUCGAGGGAUCUACAGGACCUCUGGUGUAUCCAGCCGCACAUGUUCACAUUUAUCGCCUCCUCUACUCGCUCACGGAUCAUGGGCGCAACAUCUCGACCGCGCAGAUUAUCUUCGGAUUCGUGUAUUUGCUUACGUUGGCGGUAGUCAUGCAGUGCUACCGAGCAGCAAAGGUCCCACCAUAUGUCUUUCCGCUACUCAUUUUAUCAAAGCGCUUACACAGCAUCUUUAUGCUCCGCUUAUUCAAUGACUGCUUCGCAGUUUUGGGACUCUUUUCGGCCAUAUAUGCCUAUCAGAAAAACCAAUGGCAUCUCGGAACUCUCUUCUACACCACCGGGUUGAAUGUCAAAAUGAGUCUGCUGCUGCCCUUGCCUGCCAUUGUGAUUCUCGCACUCCAGUCUGUUGGGCCGCGGGAGAUGAUGACUCAGCUCAUGAUAGUUCUACAAGUCUCUCUUGGCUAUGGAUAUCCGUUCCGCAUGCAGGCUCCAUCGUAUUUUUCAAGGGCAUUCCAGCUGACUAGGGUUUUCCUCUACAAAUGGACUGUCAAUUGGAGGUUCGUAGAUGAGUCUACCUUUCUCUCCAAGCCCUUUGCAAUCGGCCUCCUCGCUGUCCAUGUUGGACUACUCGCCCUGUUUGGACUCAACCGGUGGAACAAGCCGGCGCAGCGGCGCAGUCUCCGUGAAUUUCUAAUGCUUCUAAAGGAUGAGCCACGGGACCAGGAUCAUAUAGCGAAGAGAGUAACGCCGAGCUUUAUUAUGACCACCAUGCUUACUGCAACUGCAAUUGGCAUGCUAUGUGCCAGAUCAUUGCACUACCAAUUCUAUGCCUAUAUUGCGUGGACAACCCCGUUCCUAUUAUGGAGAGCUGGCUUCCACCCGAUUAUCCAGUACGCGCUCUGGGCGGCACAAGAGUGGGCAUGGAACGUGUACCCCAGCACAUCCGCGAGCUCGAUGACGGUGGUCGGAGUUCUAGCCGUCACAGUAUUUGGCGCAUGGUGGGGGACGAGAGGCGAGUUCGACAGUGUCACAGCGAACGGCGGACCAACACACGAACACAACGAAUAGCCAAUCCUCACUCCUCAUCCGAUUCCACCGGCGGCAUCUUCCCAACCGUCGACUCCUCCUCAUCGCUAUCCCCAG